AUGAACGCAGCAGAGGAGCCCGUUCCAUCGCCAACCGAAGCGAUCCCGUUCUUCACUCCCGUCAAUUUCAUCCUCUUGUCCGUCUUUGUCGUUUUCCUCUACGUGCAGCUCCGCCCCAAGGCCCCCGUCACCCUGCCCCAAGGUCCACCUCCAGUUGUCUUCCGCACUUUCAUCCCCUCAACACUCAUCGAAUUCAACGGUGAGGGCGAAAACCCUUGCUACCUUGCCGUGCGUGGCCGUGUUUUCGAUGUAACACCAGGAAAGAGCUUUUACGGGCCGGGCGGCCCCUAUGAAAACUUUGCCGGACGCGACGCUUCGCGCGGACUGGCUUUCCAGAGCUUUGACAGGGAUAUGCUCACUGAGGAUCUCAAGGCACCUCUGGAUGAACUGAAAGACCUUAAUGAGGACCAGUUGGAGAACCUCCAGAACUGGGAGGAGCGGUUCCUCGAGAAGUAUCUGGUUGUUGGGAAACUGGUCGCUGAAGGUGAUCCGGAGGCUCCGAAGACAUAA